AAUUGUUGGUUCAGCUGCAUGCAGGAGAAGUUCCUGGAAAUGUUGUGGCCCUUCAGGCGUGGAAUUUCUGGAAGGAUUUUCCAACAAACAGCCUUGACAAAGCCAAUGUUUAUCAGCUCAUUGCUUGGACAUCCUACAUUUCAGAACUUACACAUAAAAGUUGGAGACAAAGCUGAACUUAGCAAGGCUUUUACACAGAAUGAUGUAGUUACUUUUUCUUAUUUAACAGGUGACACAAAUCCUUUGCAUUUAAAUGAAGAGUUUGCAAAGAAGUCUAGGUUCGGGAGAACUGUUGUCCAUGGAGUUCUGAUCAAUGGACUUAUUUCUGCAGUUCUGGGUACCAAAAUGCCUGGUCAAGGAUGUAUAUUUCUUUCCCAGGAGAUUCGUUUUCCAGCUCCUUUGUAUGUUGGUGAAGAAGUCACAGCUGCAGCAGAAGUGAAACGACUGAAGGGUUCUGUUGCACACAUUUCUGUAUCAUGUCAGGUCAGAGAAAGUGGGAAAACUGUUAUGGAAGGGAUGGUGAAAGUUAUGGUGCCAGAGAGUUAGAACUGUUCAUCAUGUGCAACUUCAGCAUAAAGGCCAGAACCAAUGUACACUUAGUUUUGAGUCUCUUUUUAUGUGACAUCACUAAAACCAGUAAAUUUGCAACAAAA